AUGUCUCCAGAGACCUACGAUAUUGUCAUUAUUGGUGGCGGUACUUCCAGCCUAGUUCUGGCCAACCGCCUCUCCGAACAGCCGAAUGUACAGGUCCUCGUCCUCGAAAGUGGCGAGGACCGCAGCGCAGACCCGAACACCCUGACUCCGGGGGCCUGGCCUUUGCUGUCCGAGUCUCCAGCUGACUGGACUUUCCACACGGUUACUCAGAAGAAUAUCGACAAGCAAAUCACAACCCCGCAGGGGAAGGCCCUCGGAGGUUCUAGCGCAAUCAACAGCUUCCUGUUCACCUCAACGUCCAAGGCGACUGUGGACGGAUGGAAGAACCUGGGCAACGAAGGCUGGGACUACACUGCGUACGAGACGGCUCUGAAGAAGUCAUAUACUCUGCAUAAGUCCUCGGGGGAAGUUGAAGGCAGUGGCCCCUUGCAGGUUACGCUUCAUGCACCUCAGACCGUCUGGGAGAAGGCCUGGAUUGACGGCCUGGAGUCGGUUGGGUUUCCGAGGACUGAUCCACUCUCUGGCCGUCUUGGUGGACCGAAUAUCGCUGCCGAGAGUAUCGACCCUAAGACGAAGCAGAGGAGCUAUGCUGCCAAUGCAUGUCUCGAUCCGGUCCGAGGCAGGCCGAACCUGACGAUCCAGACUGAGACAACCGUUACCAAGUUGUUGCUCGAAAGACCUUCCCCAGGCAGCGAUGCUGUCGCAAAGGGCGCACAGUUAAUCACCAAGGGAGGGUCUGCCCAAAGUGUUGCAGUCCGUAAGGAGGUCAUCAUUUCUGCGGGGGCCAUCAACUCGCCCCGACUUCUCGAGCUCUCGGGAGUAGGCGGUGCCGACUUGCUUCAGCGAUUGGGAGUCGAUGUUUUAGUUGACAACCCACACGUUGGCGAGAACCUCCAGAACCACCUCUUCACAGGAAUUUCCUUUGAGGCGCGCGACGAUGUGGACACGAUCGAUGCUUUCUUCCGCCAGGAGCCUGAUGCCGUCGAUGCAGCCAUGCAGGACUACGGCACCAAGGGGACUGGGCCCCUCAGCACCAGCAACUUGAUAACCAUGGCCCAGCUUCCGCUGCCCGAGUUCCAUACCCCAGACGGGCGUAAGGAGCUCGACCAGCUGCUAGGCACCCUGGACCCGGAGGCGGACGCGCUCCGCUCCCCACCAACCACGCCGGCCUUUGCCGCCGCUCACGAGGCCUUCGUACGAUCCAUCCUCAGAGACCCAACCGAGGGGCUGGGCAGCUACAUCUUCGGCGCCGCCUACGCGCCCUUCGACGGCCCCAGCCCAGCCUACCGGGCCCCCGGGAAGCACGUCUCCGUCGUGAUACAGCUGUCGCACCCGCUCUCGCGCGGCUCCAUGCACAUCACCAGCGCGGUGCCGGAGCAUGCCAGCACGAGCGAGGGCGUGAGCAUCGACACCCGUUCCCUCUCGCACCCCCUGGACCUCGAGGUGCUCGCGCGCCAGGUCCGCUUCGCCGAGGACAUUAUUACAACCGCGGAGCCACUCGCGCGCCACCUGAAGCCGUACACCAAGAGGAUCACUGACCUGGAGGCGGCGAAGGAUUAG